AUGGUUAUUCCUCCGGCGAUAAACAAGAAGCUUAGAGCAUGUUUAGGCUGUUCUCUAGUGAAGACUCAAUCUCAGUUCAAAGAAUCAGGUUGUGAUAAUUGUGUUAUGCUAAGAAUGAAAGAUAGUACAGAUAAUGUUCUUGAUUGUACUACAGAUAGGUUUUCUGGUCUAAUUGCUAUCAUUAAUGCUAAGAGUUCUUGGAUGGCUAGAUGGCAACAUCUAGAUGGAUAUACACAAGGUCUUUAUGCCAUUACUAUGGAUGGAGAUCUACCCGAAAGUAAAAUCAUGGCCUUAGAAAGAGCCGGACGUACAUACAUCCCCAGAGAUAAGUCCUUUGCCAUCUAG